AUGGAGCAACCCUGCGAGGAGCGGCCUCAUUUCGAGCAUGUCUCGAAUCCGGAGAGCCUCUUCAGGUGUCAUCCGCAAAGGAACGGAUGGGGCCCUGCCAACUGCGACAAGGAAGUGCGAUCAGAGUGCCUGGCAGCUCUGGCGCACCUUCCAUUUGAGCCGAACGUGCGCCCGUCUCUCUUCUCUCACCAGCUCUUCCGCGCGUGUGAUUUCACCUUCCAUGUGCAGCAGAGACAACGUGAUGGCCGUGAUCCUCGGGGCAUCGGCGUCGCUUUUGCGGAUGAGGAGCAGCAGUUCCAGACUGUGGAUAAUAGGCCGCUUCUGAAACGUGGCGGAGGAGGCGGAUGGCUGCAUAAACGUCGAGCUCCUGUGAAGCAGUCCACCGCUGCCUUCAACGAAAAAAACAAAGAGGAGGAAGAGCUUCGCUUGGGCAAGAAGGGCAAGAGCGAGCAGAAGAAGCAGCAACAACAGCAACAGGCUCGCUUCGCGCGUAUUCACGCGCGCCAUAGGGCGUUCAGUGAGUGGUCCGUGCAGCCCACCAACGAAUGGGCCGUUGAGGCGGAGAUUCCUCUUUCGCAGUUAUACAAGCAUGCCGUUGAGAGCUCCAAGAUCAAGGUCAAGGAUUUGGCAUGGCGCGGUGAGCUGCGCACCUAUAACAAACAAGCCGACCAAAUCCGCACGAAAUUGCCUGUCGCACUCCAGAACUUGUCGUCCAACUUUGACUACUACUGGGUUACUACUCAAGAUGACGAUUUGAUUAAGGAGCACAUGCUGAACAGUUCGGAGCCAAUUGAUGUUGCGGCAACGGACCAGGUGCUCGCUGUCCUGAUGGCGGCACCGCAGUCGAAGUACUCGUGGCACUUGCAUUUGACGAAGGUCGAAGGCAAGCUGCUCAUUGGCAAAGCGAACGGCUCUAUUGUUGACUUGCUGACGGUUAAUGAGACGGCUAGCGAACCUCCCAUGCAGGAUGCGGAAAACCGCCUGAAUAGGCCUGCUGCCCUUGGCUUUGAGGCGGUGAAGAUCAAUCAGAACCUGCGCCAACAGCUUCUGGUCAAGGGUGAAGACCCGGUCAAGUUCCCGCCGCCUCCUUUCGUUGAGGCUGGCGACAACCCUGCAUCGGUGGCGUACAGGUACCGCCUGUUCACCAUUCCGGGACGCACAGCCGGCGCGGCUGGCGGUAAAUCAAGACAGCCAAUCAACAUCAUUGCGAGAACGGAAGUCAACGCGAAACUGCCACAGGCCGCUGGAACACCGAAGCCGGCAGCCGACGCAGAACCGACAACAGGACACGGCAGACGCGAAAAAGAGGACAGCGAUCCCUUCGGAAAGGAUGGUGGCGGCUAUGUGUACAUUUGUGCACUUAAUGAAUAUGACAUCAAGGGGCAGAAGAACUGGCGCGUGCAGAUGGAGACUCAGAGGGGAGCUCUGCUGGCGACAGAGGUCCGGAACAACGCUUGCAAACUGAAAAAGUUUGUUGCGUCUGCCAUGAUGGCCGGCUGCGAUGACCUCAAGCUCGGUUUCGUUUCGCGUAAAUCGAACAAUGACAACGAGCACCAUGUCGUUCUGAGCGUCCAGUCCUACCAGACACGGGAUCUCGGUCUGCAGAUUGGCCUGAAGCCAGAUAAUGCAUGGGGUAUCGUUCGAGCCAUUGUUGACCUCGUCAUGGACAAACCCGAUGGCCGCUACGUCCUGCUCAAGGACCCGACGAAGCCGGUGAUGCGACUCUAUUCGAGACCUGAAGAUGAGGAUGAAGAUGGAGAAGAGGAUGAAAAGGCGCCGGAAGCUAGAGCCGACGAUGACGAGGCCAACAGAAACGACGAAGAGUAA